AAUUUUUUGGUAAUGGCAGUUCAAGGCACCCCCGAAUCAGAUGGAGGAAGUUUCGAGUGUUUCCAGAAUUAUACAGCUCCGGAAGUUUUCGUUCAAGGACUUGCUGGUAUUGUUGAUCAGCAAGAUGUGGAGUCAAUGAUUCGUGCGCAGAAACAGAUGUUACAGAGGUUCGAGAAAACAAAUGAAAUGCUGACUAACUGUAACCAAUUAUCCGUGAGCAGACUAAAAACCGCAAGCUCUGAAUUUAAAAAACACACUGUACUCCUAACAGAAAUGAAGAAGGAUUUGGAUUACAUUUUCAAAAAAAUUCGUGUGAUUAAAAAUAAAUUAAAUCAGCAUUAUCCAUAUUCAUUUAGUAAUAAAGAGUAGUUUUGUGGAAUGUGACGCUGUACAAUUGUUUAAAAAAAAUAGAUCAUUCUUAUACUCUAA